AUGAACUCAAAAGUGUCGUUCUCAAAUCCAGACCAGGCGGCUCCAGAUCGCACAAUCCUUAAUCAAGGCACUCCAUCAACAGUGUCGUUUGAUACACUGGCCGGUUUUAUAUCUCAUCUGAGGGCGAGAUCGUGCUCUAAGUGUGGCGGGCGUUCCUUUCAAUCUCCGACAAAUAUUAGCCAUCUGUUUCACAGGUGGCGAACUGGAAUGGCUAAACUAUCGUCUUCUUGGACUUGCAGUGGUUGCUCAACUCUAUGCUGUGUAGGGUGCAUCGCAAACCCAUCGACAAGACUAUCAUCGAUCACUUUCCGCGGAAAAAAAGUAUCUUGGUGUUGCGAUGGCGGGCGAUUGUUCCUGAUCUUCGUUCUACUUUGCGGUUUCGAUGAAAACUUCAACGCAGCCAAGUUGGAAGAGACGUCAAGAUCGAAGGCGGCGCACGAAGGCUAUAACUACAGCAAAGGCAAGUACCGUCCUGAUCACGAUGCUGACAAUGAGUCUCGUUCGUUUGAGCCAGACGGGUCGCUCGGGAUCGGUCGUAAGCGGCCCAGCUUUUCCAUACCAGAUAGUGUUCGCAACGCACAGAACACGCGACAGACUCAGGACGCCUUUAACAGCUUCCUACUAGGUUUGCUCAAGGGCUUGUUGCCCUCGCUCAAUGAAGGAUCUGCCUUUGACUGUUCUCCGUCCGAAGUAGUCAACGUCAUGCUUUUGGAAAGCAAAGUCCUCAACUUCUGCACCGAGCUCUUGCGAAACGAGUCCCUAGAGGAUGCCACUAAGCGGAAGGAUUUGUAUCACACACUCUUGGGCUUUCUCUACACAAUCGGCACGCAUCACGGAACAGCCAAACGCACCGUCUUCGACGAACAGCCGCUACGAUUGGAUAAGUCCAGCCUUCUUGUAUCCACCUUCGUUGGCAGUUCAACAGUCUGCGAUGAGACUACACAGUCUCUUGCAGACAGUAUCUGCAACUUCAGCCAGCAAUCUUCUUUGAUACUCCAGGCAGCCGAAAACGACGAAGGUGACUUCCAAACUGGGGACGGUCAGAAUUUACUUAUGCUUUGUCGUCGGAUCUCGGGCCUUUCACAAACCCUUCUUGCUAGUGGUAACGCGAGCUCUUUUGGCCACACCAAAACUCCACUGGUUGUCAGUCCGAUUACCGAAGUAGCCAAUGAACUGAUUUUGGCAACACACGCAUUCAAUUUCGAAGCAACGAAACUGACGACAUCUAUGCAUGGACGCUUCAAACGCUUGAUCUUCGAAAUUAAGACAUUGAGGACAAGUCUGCCACGCGGAAUUUUCGUCAGAUACGCUACAGAUAGACCUGAUGUUAUGAAGGCCGUCAUUAUUGGUCCUCACGACACACCUUACGAAAACGGUAUCUUCGAGUUCGAUAUCUUCUGCCCACAGGACUAUCCGAAGAGUCCACCGUCGGUUCAUUUCAAGGGAACAGGAGGUGGUACAGCAGAAAUCAACCCAAACUUAUACGUGGACGGAACAGUAUGUCUGUCUAUCUUGGGAACUUGGCACGGAGAGCCUUGGAGACCUGAAGAAAGUACGUUGCUCCAGGUACUGAUCUCGAUCCAAGCAAUGAUAUUCUGCGAACAACCUUGGUUCAAUGAGCCAGGAAGAGGAUUUUCUGGUCGCAGUAGAUCUGAGAUGACGAGAGGGCCGUGGGACAGAUACAACGAGAAGAUCCGCGAGCUCACUGUACGCCAUGCAAUGCUGAAAUGGCUGGAUCGACCUCCUCGACUGUGGCAAGAUGUGUGCCACCGACACUUCAAGGACACUGUGCAUCGUAUCCUCCUGACCGUCAAAGAUUGGGCUCAAAAGUCGCAAUCAAAUCGCCCAAACAGCGAAUUGUCUGACAGUUUUGACAGCGACGACCUUGCUGCCAUGGUUUGCGAAAAGAGACGUGAGCUUGCACCGAUACUCCCACGUCUGCAAGCAGCUUUGGUCAAAUAUGGCGCUCCUGUUGUUCCGCUUAGUCCAUAUCCAGGUGCUGUGGAUUUGCGACCGGAGAUACCACAUGCAGCACCACAACCUGCUGUGACCCCAGAUAUUCUCUGUCCGCAACCAAUCACCUUUUCAUACUAUUCGAUUUUGAAUCAGCCAACCCCAGGCCCGAGUUCCAGACAGGCUCAUAAUCGGGACUCAUCCGUCAACCCGCUCCCCAAUCCUCAAGGAUAUGGCGCAGAGCCUCAUCCUGCUCCGGCUGGUCGUGGUGAACAUGAAGCAGGCGGUGAUUCUAGGAAUGUCAGGCAUCUAGAUUACUUUGAAUUCCCAACUUUCGGUCGUGGUGAACAUCAAUCAAGCGGUCAACCUGGUGUUGCGGGGUAUCAAGGUCGCUAUAUACUCCCGAAUCAUCACGCUGGGCAUGGAAGAGGAUCUGGUGGGGACGUGCAGAGCUGGCUUGAAGGAACACAACCGGAAGGAGGUCGUGGUGAGUCUUCAUCGCACCGCAGAAUUUAUAGACUUGGUAAAGUUCGCGCUCGUGGUGGACGUGGCAGUCGUGGCGGCCGUGGUAGUCGUGGUAGUCGUGGAGAUCGGGGUGGACAUGGAACAUAG